GGCUGAGUCAAAGCAUCAACCACUCCCUCUCGUGCUGACCACGCUCCAUUCCCCAAAAUCGACUCUGCAUUUUUCUCCAUUUCUUCCUCCUUUGACUUUUUACUUCAGCUUUCCAGUCUCAGAUCUCGACGAUGGCAGCGAAAAUCUCUCACCUUGCUUGUUUCUCCUCCGCCAAUCGCCAAUUUCACUUCCAGAGCCGAUCCUCUCCAUGCCUUAGGUCUCGUACCGAGAACUAAUCAAGGGCCCACAUAGCCACAGACCAGCCGCAGGUCCCGUAAACAUCACGAUCUCUAUUAUCUGUCCCCAAAUACUCUGAUUCGCCUUCAAGCUCAAUCACUUCCUCCGUCGCCGGAGAAAUCGACCCAUUUCCGCCUCCUCCAUCAACAACAAGCUCCUGAUUCGGACUUGAGGAGUUUCUUAUAAACCUGCUCAACUCCAGAGACUUUGCUCCGGAAACAGAGAUCCUGAAAGUCGGGAAUGAAUGCUUCCAUGACCGUAAAGUGAUUGAAGAUCGGAAUGGUAGCUUCGGGUUACAAGAAAUGGAAGAAACUGUAAAAGUUAGGGUUUUGCAUUGAAUUUGCAUUCUUCCUUCUUCCCAUUGGUAAUAUAUUAAGAAACAGAUUUAGUGGUACACCAAGUGUUCGACGAAUUGCCCCAGCGAACUCCUUCGACGGAAGCGAGAGAUACACUUUUAAAGCUAAUGGAGAAAAAAGACUGGGAAGCUUCCUCGUCGAGUGAAAACGAAGCUGGCUUUGCAGCAGAUGAUGACGAAGAGUUUCAUUUUGGUGGUUCAGGGCCCAGGUUACAGUUCAGAGUAGGAUCUUCCAAGGCUCGUUGGAUUAUCGAAUUAGGAAUGGCUCAGGUUGAAGUUAAAAAAGGGAAACUUUGGACAACAACAGGAAUCAUUCGUAGCGGAAAGACAUAUUGCUUCAUAGAAGAGGCUUUGUAUUUGAGUGAAAUAGGAGAGUUGCAGAUCUUGUGUAAUGAAGAUGAUGAGGUAGUGAUCCCAAUGAAGGACUUGUACGAGAAAAUUGCAGAGGGAAAAAACGGAUGCUGUUGGGAAAACUACGAGGUUUAUAAAUACUUAAAGGGUCUAGGUUACAUCCUAAGCAGGCAUGGAGUUCCUUGGACGUCAAAGGAUGCUGCAAUUACGGCACCAAGUGGUGAAGAAGAGUCAGUUUGUGCCGGUGGCGAGUUUACUGUUACUAAACUCUUGAGAGAUAUGCAAAUCUGUGAUGCAAGAGCUGUGUUUGACGUGUAUUUGCCAAACAGCCGGUUCAAAAAGUCUUCUCCUGGUGAACCGAGCUUUGUGGCUUGCUUCUCGGGGGAGUCUCCACCUAACAAAGAAGAUAUUAAACUCCUGCAAAGUCGUGUAGCUGCGCCGUUAAGGUUUUGUCAUAUCGCUCAGGGCCGUGUCAGUUUCUUUUAUUUCAGUUCCAUAGACCUCCCUGUCUUACCAUAAAUGUGAUAUAUACAAGUUUCUGUUUUUCUACAAGGCUUAUAAAGGAUCUUAUAAAGGGCUCCAAAGGAAAAUGUAAAGGCAAACGCUUCCUCAAGUGAGAUAUGAAGUAUUCCAAACCAGUGCCGUUUUUUUUGGCCGUUUGCAUCAGAUGUAACCAUCACGUGACGACGUCCUUUUGUCAGUAGUCGUGGUCCACCCUAAAUCUCGAUUCCUAAGAAAUACUGCAAUCAUAACUGGUCCAUCUCUUUUUUCCCUCCUUUCUCCUUUAAUUUAAUCUAAAACACACUAAAUUGUAAGAUCAAGUAUUGGUUUAGUUCGAAGUAUUUAUCUAAUGUUUUGAAAUUUGAGUGAUGCCUUGACAUUUUACGAAUCUUCGAUUUUAUCACUAUGCAAGUAUGAAUGAUGCAAAUUUUUGUAAUGUCUCAUGUGUGGAGGUUGAUACAGCGUCCAAAUCAUUUAAAGAAAUCUGCGCACAAGCUGUCAUAUUACUUAUAUACUUGGGAAAUAGACAGUAAAUAUCACGAAA